ACCCUCCUUCUGCAGGGUGGCCAGGAAGGGUCCACCACCUGCCGUUGCUGCCCAAGGCCUGAAACUGUCAAGACACCAAAACAUCUGCUACUGGGACCCCAGGAUGUCAAGGAGCAGGCUCGGAUUCGGCCAACAGUCCUCCCAUUCAAAUUCCUCUCCCUAAGGGACGUCUCUCCCAGAAACCAUGCUGCACCUCUCUGGAAAUUCUUUCUUCUCUGGAACACACACAGGAAGAAGCCCAGAAGUCACCAGACUCCAAAACAGCAGGACAAAGAACAGAGUCCCAGAACACACAACCCCUGGAAAUCAUCAGAGGCCAACACAGCCCAGGGGAGGCUCUGCUGUUCCCAGGUUCCAAGGACUCCGGGAUGGACAGACAUCACGUCGUCUUUGCCCCAACACCCCAGACACCCUGAGUCCCUCUUACUGGAAAAUGUUCACCAGACACAAAUGUUCUCCUCCUGGCAGAAAAAGUACUUAAAAAAAAAAAAAAAAAAAAGAACAUCUGUUCUCUGCCCCUAGUCCCAGAAUGCAUAUUUGCAUAAAAUCUCCAGCAUUUACUUGACUAUUUGGUAAAGAAUGUAUACCCGAGUGUUCUAAGGUCUCUGGGGGCCUCAGACAUUUGUACUUUUGGAGGCUACACCCAGCAGGGUGCUGGAGCGGGCUCGUACCAAUUCGCGGGACCAUCAAAUGUUCAGGCGUUUUUUGAACCUGCUGUUAAACACAGCCACUGCUAAAAAUUAAGUUACAUAAGCACAGUUAAAACACACAGUAUUCUAUGCAGCCUGUUGAUUGUAUGGGUUUCCGUAAGGGACCUUGGAGACAGCCCUUUCAGUGGAUGCUGACGUCUGACCUCAUAGCUAUCUCCAGUUUAGGCUGCACACAGCUAUGCGCAGUGCCUUUGGAAAGCCCCAGGGCACAGUAGCCAGGGUCCACAUUCGCCAAGUCAUCAUGUCCAUCCGUACCAAGCUGCAGAACAAGAAGCCUGUGAUUGAGGCCCUACGGAGGGCCAAGUUCAAGUUCCCUGGCUGCCAGAAGAUCCACAUCUCCAAGAAGUGGGGCUUUACUAAGUUCAAUGUGGAUGAAUUUGAAGACGUGGUGGCUAAAAAGCAACUUGUCCCAGCUGUCUAUGGAGUAAAAUACAUCCCUGACUGUGGCCCCUUGGACAAAUGGAGGGCUCUGCACUCCUGAGAACCUGGCACUAUCCCAUCCUGUCAUAUUCAUGCCCACCAAUAAAUCCAACUUCCUGUCAAAAAAAAAAAAGAAGGGGCACCUGGGUGGCUCAGUUGUUAAGUGGCUCAGGUCAUGGUCCCAGGGUCCAGGGAUCAAGCCCUACAUUGGGCUCCCUGCUCAGUGGGAAGCCUGCUUCUCUCUCUCCCACUCCCCCUGCUUGUGUUCCCUCUCUCGCUGUGUCU